AAGCUGCACAAAAUUGUCUGCUAGCCAUGACGUUAACAUAAUGGCUAGCAUGGAGUGCUCUGGUCCUGAACGCAGCAUCUGUUAGCUCAACUAGCAUUGAGCUAGCAAUGCUAACUUUGAUUGCUAGCCUGUAUGGAUACAAAACGGCUGCUAAAAAUUUAGCUCCGUCGACUAACGACUCGCAUGGUUCUUAAUCGUGCUAAUGGACGCCAAGCAGUGUGUACUGUCGGCAGCCAGGGCCGUCCUGGACUUAGCGGAGCGGGAGUGGCAGCCCUUGUCGGAGGCCGAGCUGGACCAGCGCUUGGACCAGGCGGUGGAGGAGAUGCUUGAGUCCGAACUGAUAAACAAAGUCAAAAGUAUGCGUCAGUCUGACGUGUGUGUGACAGCACGGUCGAGAGAAACCAACAUGUUGCCUCAAGUUUCACAGGCGGCUGCGAUUACUGCGGCUCCCCGGGAGGAAGUGGAGGUAGAGCGGCUAGAGCAGUGCGAUGAUCCCGUGGAGGAGACGGCUGCAGUCAAGUACAUUACAGCUGUCCUUCAGGGAUCCAAAUCCAGGUUCCCCAUGACGGGCCGGGCACGCUUGGCCCUGUCCCAGACGGUCCCGCUGUGCCUCACCCUGCUAUCUGAGCGCGUCAGCUACCGUUCUUUGUCUCGCCACUUCCACUUGGAGAAAGGAAACAUCCACCGCAUCUUCUUUUACUUCUGCCAGUGCGUCAACAUGCUGGAGGAGAAGCACAUCUGCUGGCCAGUGGGAAGUGAGGCAGAAAAUGUCCUCUUCCCGCUCUUCGAAGGGAACGACAAAGAUGGAGCCUCGUGUGUUCCUCGAGUGUUGGGAGUGCUGGGACACACACAGAUUCCCAUCAGACUGCCGACAGGGAAACAUGAUGUGGAAAGCACAGAGCCGGAGACGAAGAGGAUGAAAGAGGAGCAUCCUGACUCUUGGCUCCACCUGGAAGUGGUCUGUGACUCUGCUGGACGUUUCCUCCACUGCAGGAUCGGCAAAGGCCAGGACACGGACAGAGGCGUCACUCUGAGUAAUAAACUCAAAGGGGACUUGAUGACUCCCGACUCUGUGCUGCUGGCCCGGGUCGGCUACCCGCUCACUGCUCACAUUUUAACACCUUACUCGGGACAGUGUGCACCAAGAGAGGAACUGUUCAACGCCACACUGGAGCCGCACUUCCGCAUUCUAGAUCAGGCUAUCGCCAACCUCAAGGCCAGAUUCCAAAGACUCCUGUGUCUGGAUAUCGGGAACUAUCACCGAGCCCGAUCUGUGGUGCUGACUGCCUGCGUGCUCCACAACAUGCUCUUGGACAUAGGCGAUGUGGUUCACGGAGAAGCGGGAGAGCAGGAAGUUGUAAGUCAAGAGGGUGAGGAAGAUGAAGAAGGUGUACGCCGACGGGAUGCCAUUGCAGAAGAUUUAUAUCGUCAAAGCUCAUGAAGAUACAAUAAAUGUGUGCAGAUGAGAUGUUUAAAGACCGGUUUAACCCUGUUUUGAAGGUGGUUCAUAGAUGUUAGUUUCAUAAUAUUAAGCGUUUGUUUGGCUUCUACACCAUGACUCCAAUUCCA